GCCAACUUACAGAGUGCAGCUCAGCCUCGACAGCGCUGCUGCUGCCGCCGCUGCCGCUUCCCACUGGGGCUGUUUACCGGGAGAGCGCCGCGCUCCCAUGUGCGCUGCCGCCGCCGCUGCUGCCGCCGCCGCCGCUCCCGCUGGAUGUUGAUAUCGCGCCGUGCGCCUCGCCAGGAGCCACCAUGUCCAACCCGACCCACGACCCGUUCUACUCGUCUCCUUUCGGACCCUUCUACAGGAGACACUCGCCCUACAUGGUCCAGCCCGAGUACCGGAUCUACGAGAUGAACAAGCGGCUGCAGACGCGCACAGAGGAAAGUGACAGUCUGUGGUGGGACGCUUUCGCGACAGAGUUUUUCGAGGAGGACGCGACGCUCACGCUCUCCUUCUGCCUCGAAGAUGGACCAAAGAGAUACACGAUCGGCCGGACGUUGAUCCCGCGAUACUUCAGCACGGUGUUUGAGGGCGGGGUCACCGAGCUCCACUACAUCCUCAAACACUCCAAGGAGUCCUUCCACAACUCGUGCAUCACCCUGGACUGUGAUCAGUGCACCAUGGUCACGCAGCACGGGAAGCCAAUGUUUACAAAGGUUUGUACAGAGGGACGUUUGAUACUGGAGUUCGCCUUUGAUGAUCUGAUGAGGAUCAAGACGUGGCACUUUACCAUCCGGCAGUACAGAGAGCUCAUCCCGCGCAGCAUCCUGGCCAUGCACGCACAAGACCCUCAGGUGCUGGAACAACUGUCCAAAAACAUCACUCGCAUGGGUUUGACCAACUUCACCCUCAACUACCUCAGGUUGUGUGUCAUCUUGGAGCCCAUGCAGGAGCUCAUGUCGAGGCACAAGACCUACAACCUCAGCCCGCGGGACUGUCUCAAGACAUGCCUGUUCCAAAAAUGGCAGAGAAUGGUCGCUCCACCAGCUGGACACCCACAGAACUUCAAAACGGAAAUAUUUCCCACAAAUCACAAAAAAGGUCGCGCCAAAGCUGAGCCUGCCCGACAGACGACCACGAAGAGGAGGAAACGGAAGAACUCGGCCAGCAGCGCCAACAGCAGCGUGGGCACGGCUGCCAGCAAGAAGCGCAGCCCCGCCACCAACUUCAGCCUCUCCAGUCAGGUACCUGACGUGAUGGUGGUGGGCGAGCCGACCCUGAUGGGCGGCGAGUUCGGGGACGAGGACGAGCGCCUGAUCACGCGCCUGGAGAACACGCAGUACGACGCCACCAACGGCCUGGACGACGAGGACGACUUCAACAGCUCCCCGGCUCUGGGCAACAGCGCCCCCUGGAGCAGCAAACCGCCCGCCGCCCAGGACAGCAAGCCCGAGAGCACAGCGCCGCAGCCCUCGCAGUAAAAAAAACAAAGACGGAGAAGAGAACAACAAACAGAAGGACGUUUUUUUUAAAAAGCAAGCGCUUCUACGCCUGAAUCACAAAAAUCCCCCUCUCCUUGAACCUGAGUGUCCACAGACAUGAAAUGCAUACCAGUCUGUAUGCAGCUGUAAUGUAAAAUAAAGGAAGACUAUGCUUCUUCUUCUUCUUCUUCUUCUUCUUCUUCUUCUUUUCCCCCCCUCCCCUUUUGUCUCUCGUGAAUGAAAAGUCCAGAUCAGAAUCACCUCCUCGGACCGCGGCCGCUACGAGCCUCUCGUCUGGUGGAAUAACCGGCAGCUGUGAUUGGUUGACCCGCAGGUCACGAGUCAUCACGCCGUCAAUAGACAGUGGAAAGAAAAGAGGAAUAAAAACAACAAACAAAACCGUCGGCUCAACCUGACGACGAAGGCGAGAGGUGUGUGUGUGUGUGUGUGUGUGCGUGCGUUUCGUGGAAAACCUCGGUUGUCGUUUUGUUUCCACUUCCACUGAAGAGGGAAUAAAAAGUUUCUACGGACGAGCGGGAAAAUCCCGUCCUGGGACGGAUCAUUUUUUGGUUUUUCGGUCUCAGAUGGUGAUUUCAUGCAAACCAGUGGGAUUGUGUUUCGUCGUCUCUUGGUAUUUUUGCUUCUCUCUCAGAAUCCUUUGCAAUCACGUCGUAAUCUGUUGCCGAUCAGUGUGUGGACUUGACCUUUUUUAACCCCCUCUCCCACUCCUUAUCAAAAUUUGAAUUCUUUCCCUUUAACGACCUACUCCCAAACUGAUAUUAAAGCCUUCUCCUGCAUGAUUUUAUAGGGUUUUUAAAUUUCAUUUGAUAUGUGUGUACUUUUUAAAAAUUGCAUCGCUCUCUGAGUUUGUUCCUUCUUUGGGUUUCGUCAGUUUGGGAAACACUGUUACAAGGUUUGUAGCUCUGUAAAUAGAGGUGGAAUCUACUUUGUCCACUGAAAGCAGUUUGGAUAUGGCAGCUGUUUUUGUUUUGUACAGGAGGUUCAGAUUUCUGUCGGGUGGUUUGGAUGGACGCUGCUUUUUUUUUCCCCUCUUGUCGGAAUCCAACUCUUUUGGAGUGUUCGUCGUUCCUCUUUGAGCUAGUGCACAACCAAAGCCACACGUUUAGUAAAGCACCGCGCGGUCACACGCUCAUAUCUCCCGUCUAUUCUGUGACGCCAAUUUUUACACGAAUGAAAAAGGAAACAAUGUGCAGAUGAAAUCCCAGCCACCCCACAGAAACGUCUCGAGAUCCCCGCGUUUGUGUUCACGAUUGUUCUUUAAUCUUUAAUCAAACUGAUUCUAUAUUCCUGAUCUGUUCUGUUGGACCUUUGUCAGGCGAGCGACGGUCUUUACACAACUGGGUAUUUAUUUGUGCAUUUGUAAGGAAGCUAACACAUUUCUAAAUAUGUUUGAGGCUAGUAUUAUUAGACACCAUUUGUACAUUAUAUAGCAGAGGUGUUCUGUGUCAUAUCUGAUGUCUGGUAUGUAUGCUUUACCAUUUAUGUGUGCCAAUAAACCGUGCUUACAAAGGAA